AGGAAGAAACUAGUCAUCGCCACUCAUCACGCAAAGAUGAUAAUCUGGAGAGAGAAAACAAACCAGGUGUUGAGAGGAGGAGGAAAAUGUCAAAAUCCUAACGGAAAAAACCCGAGAAAUAGCGUCAAAUAAUCCUCCUAAAACAAUGUCUGGCGCAAAUCGACUUAUCAAUCCACCCAAACCCAACCAAGGCCACCUCUCCUCCGCCGUCGAGAUGACUACGCCCAACUGCCCUAUCACCCCGCGCAGCCGCACCGGCCCUAUGUUCCUCGGUGUCGACGUCGGCACCGCAAGCGCACGCGCAGCCAUUUUUAAUAACCAUGGACGGCUUUUGGGGUUUGCUACUAGCCCCAUUCAGAUCUGGAAAGAUGGUGACUGCGUUGAGGAAUCUUCGACCGAUAUCUGGCAUGCGAUUUGCACAGCUGUCAGAUCAGCAUGCUCUGUUGCACAAAUUAAAGGGGAACAAGUGACCAGUUUGGGUUUUGCGGCUACCUGUUCACUUGGUAUGUGA